UGCAGUCUUCCUGUCAGUGAAGUUUCCUGUUUGUCAGAAGUUAAUUUCGGUUCAUUUGGACGUCUAACAGACAGUCAGGAGGGAUGGAGAGGACCUUUAUCACCGUGAUGGUUCUGCUGAUGAUGGUGGAGAACAUCUGGAGCUGGAACGAAGGUGGCGUGCUGCUGAGGGAUGUCCAGGUGCUGACUCUAUAUAAAGACCGGUACACCACAGCACGGCGCUCCAGUCCCGUCCCUCAGCUGAAGUGUGUGGGAGGCUCAGCGGGGUGUCACGCCUUCAUCCCCGAGGUGGUCCAGUGUCAGAAUAAAGGCUGGGAUGGAGUGGACGUCCAGUGGGAGUGCCGGACUGACCUGGACUCUUCGUUCAGGUUCGGCCGUGUGGAGGUGAACUGUGAGGGCUUCAGCCAUCCUGAUGAUGCCUACAUCCUAAAGGGGUCAUGUGGUCUGGAGUAUACUCUGGAGCUGACGGAGGAAGGUCGCAGGACAAGGACGGGGUCGUCAGGGGGGUUUCAGGGCUUUAAAGACUUCGGGGGCUUUGCCUCUAGUUUCUUCAGUGGUUUCCGUGGUAAUAGUCGCCAUCAACAUCAGCAUCAUCAUGAGGAUCAGAAGUCAGGAGACCAGGACUCUGCAGGUCUGCUGGUUCCUGUGGUCCUACUGCUGUUAGCCUUCAUUGUCUACAAACUUUUUCUCGGAGGAAACAACACCCAGGGAGGGCAGGAUGGGGGGCAGGGGACAGGGCAGACUGGUUACCAUGACAACAACCAAAGCUACAACACAGGGCCCCCUCCUCCAGGAUUCAAACCGGACUACACAGACUCUCCUGGAGGUAACCCCUCCUAUGGUUUCCACAGCGACUACACUCAGGGACCACAUUACCCAGGUGGCCGAGCGGCUCCAGGGGCCACAGGAGGAGUGGGCGGCGGCUUCUUUGGUGGCAUGGGGGCAGGGGGGCUGCUGGGAUAUCUGUUCGGUCAGCAAAGGACUCGGCCCUACGGCCACAACUACAGCUCCCCCACAUACAGCAGCAGCAGAGUGCCCCCUGCUGGAAAAUCCACCUCCUCUGGGACUCGGACUGCUUCAGGAUUUGGAGGAACCAAGAGAAGAUAGACAGCGAUCUGAGGGCGAGGCAGGGUCCAAUGGUUUUCUGUUUUGUUCUGUGAUUGUUUGCUUCAGACUCCUCAGGUUUACCUGCAGCUCUCUUUUACCUGAAGAAACUCUGAAUGUUAAAAAGCGCUUUUAAACUUUGUAGAGAUGUAGAUGGUGGUAUAAAUGAUGUUUUUUUUUUUUUGGUAAGGUGUUUUAUUCUGAUGUUCUAUUUUCAUAAAUUAAUAAAAUAAUGAAAUAAAUCGACUUCUUUAUUUUUCCACAACCUCCAGGUCCCUGGGAUUACAGCCUUUAUUGGCUGCUGUCAGGGUCCUUUAUUAAAGCAGAUCUAAAGUGAUCAUACGUCAACAUUUGUUAAUAACAAUUUCAUCCAAAGCCAGCCAAACUCUUAGAAUAAACUA